AUGAUCGCCAAGGUACUGCUCGUCGCUCUGACGGUCACAGCUUGUGUUGCUGUACCGUCCAACAUCGUCCGCCCGUGCAACGUCAAGGACAACAAAUGUGUCCGCGAUAACUUGGCGCCUAACUCGCAUUGCAACCCCAAGGUGCGCGGGUUCGUUCCCAGCCAGUACACUAUCAAUCAGUUCAAAUUCCACGCGCCCUACUUCAACGCCACCUACAUCGAUAACAACCUCAUCAUCAAAAAUCAUAACAACUGCUUCGUUUCAGAGUUUUUCUUCAACCUAGCCUCUGACGCGGGCGUCCUCUCACUCGACUGCCCCUUGCUCGACUUCUCAUCUACGCGUACACUCGUGCAACACUCCUCGUACCAUGAGGACACGACGUACAGCUUCAACUACCAGGGACUAUACCCCCUGAUCCGACUGACUGUGAACUUCCCUCACGCCAACAAGCUGGACCUGUGCUCCUCCACCACCUUCGCUGACGUCACCGCGCUGCCCAUAUUCAACGUCAACCCCAAUGAUCAAAAAACAGCAAACUUUUUGUCUACGGACCUCACUCUGAUGAACAUCUACGAGCGGGAGGCGUUCUUCUACCGCGCCAAUCAACUCGCGCGCUUCUUCAUCAACUCAGUCAUAUGUGACUUUGGAUACUACCAACUUAACAGUUAUUUUCUUAAAAUGUAG